CUUUUUUUCAUCUCAUUUAAUUAUAAAAUGAUUCAUUAGUAUCGUGUUCCUACCAUCCAAACUUUGCACAUGUGAUAAAUAUGUAUACUAGUAUUAUUAAUCGAUGAAUGAUAUAACAAAUUAGUUAAUAACAGGCUGAAUAACAUUAAAUGAAUAACAAUGUAUUCAUUAUUAUAAAUGAAAUAAAUUAUUGGAUAUAAAAGGAAUUUGAUAAAAAUCUUGCAAAGCAGAAAUUCUUAAUCUUCAUAUAAAAGAAUUAAACACGAUAUACGUAUGUAUGCAAGUAUACUACGUAUAUAUACUGAUAUUCAUUUUGAGAACAAAGUUUCAGGCUGGCCACUUCGAAGAUUAUUCAGCAGCACUGGCUGCUCGUCAUCCUUCACGAUGGAUUACGCGAAACAUCGUGUAUCUCUAUCGCCGGUGCAACGUGCAAUUUUGGCGGCCGGUGCAGCCGCGAUCUCAUUCGUUGAUCCUUUUCGCGGCGACAUGAUCGCAUGCUUGGCAGAAACGACCGGUACCGACUCUCUUUCCUACUGUCAUCGAAAAAUGCUCGCAACCUCCGAGGGAUCUCGCAUUCUUGCCAGGAAACCACGUAUAUCCUCGUCUACGAUUGACUUUUCCGCGCUAAGACGAUUACCACAAGGAACCCUUGGCAGGAUCUAUUGCGAUUUUUUGGACGUUAACAACGUGUCCCCCGAUUCUAGACCUGCGGUCAGAUUCGUUGAAGAUACUGAAUUAGCAUAUGUAAUGCAACGAUAUCGAGAAACACACGAUAUUUAUCAUGCUCUACUUCUAAUGCCAACCACGAUGCUUGGAGAAGUGACGGUCAAGUGGGUAGAAGCGUUACAAUUACGAUUACCAAUGUGUUUCAGCGGAGCGAUAUUUGGAGCGUUCCGGUUGCGUCCAAGGCAAAGGAAAUUAUAUCUCGAGCAUCAUCUGCCUUGGGCCAUUAACACAGGAAUUAGUACAAAAUUUCUCUUGGGAAUCUACUUCGAAGAACGUUGGGAGCAACCCCUUGCUGAUUUUCAUCGAGAAACAAACAUCAUCCCUUUGGUGCCGAUAGAAACCAUUAGCAAUGAAAUCUGAAAUUCCUCAAACGUACGCGUAGAUAUCAACGCUUGAUACGAAGAGAAUACGAUCGAUUCACCCGUGAGGAUACAAUCCGAUUGGUAAUGCUCGGGAGUAAUAUCCUAAAAUAUUCGGUAAGUGUUAGCAAAUCGAUCGAUAAUUACUUUUUAAAGUCGCGUAUCGUCUAAUUUGUAUGAAACAACGUUCGUGAUAUUGAUUGUCCCAUUUGGUUUGUAGUAACGCCCGCAAACCGCUAUUACUGGCUAUCUUUUUGAUAUGCAGUUUUAUCUAUUACUCUACAAAUAUUUGCAGCGUAACGGCGUAACCCAUUCGAAUGCAAAGCCAUCUUCCGCCUAUCUUUGAUAAAAAGUAAAUAUUAACGAUCCAUUGAAAAGUUCAUUUCUGCUGUAUUCGUUUGCGUGCUCGAUCGUUUAAAUUCACGUAUUUCUCUUGCCGCGUGUUUUACCAAACCGGUAAAUCUUAUUUAUUUUUCAUAUGCAACACCUUAUUCCUCGUACAUAUAGAAUGAGCAUUGUAACAUUAUUGGGCGCUAAACAAGCUGAGGUACUAGACAUUCGAAUUGUAACGCAAUUGCAACGUCUAUUUGUUUCGCUGUUGAAAUAUUCGUACGUAAAGAAUCACGGUUGCAAUGCUGAAUCAUCGAUUGUUUUUGCAUAAUACAACCGAUCAUUUACAGUUGAUCGAAGGACAAGA